AUGCGAGCGGCGUUCGAGGCGGCGGCGCCGGCGGGGACGAGGUUCGCGAUGAAAAACGUCAAGCGAGCGACGGCGAGUUUCGAGGACGAGAUCGACGCGGCGAUCGUCGCGAACGGCGCGGCGCUGAUUGGAUGGGGCGGGAGACAAAAGUUUUGUCGAAAUUGCGGCGCGGCGAGGCCGAAAAUCGUAAAGGGUGGGAGUAAGGCGACGUGUCGCGAGUGCGGGCGGAGCGCGUAUCCCGAGUUGAUGCCGUGCUGUUUGGCGCUGAUCACCUGCGGUAAUUACGUUUUGCUCGGACGAAAUGCGAAAUGGCCCAAGAACUUUUACUCUUUACUCGCGGGGUUCGUCGAGGGGAGCGAGAGUUUGGAGGCGUGCGUCGCGCGCGAGGCGCUGGAGGAGGCAUCCAUCGUCGUCGACGCGUCGUCGGUGGAGUACAUCGCGAGUCAACCGUGGCCGUUUCCGAACCAGUUGAUGAUGGGAUUUCGCGCCGAUGUCGCGCCGGAACGUCUAGGGCCGUUGAAAAUGCCGCCAGAACCGAAGAUGAUCGACGGCGAACUCGCAGACGCGCGAUGGUUUCACGUUGAUUACCUCGCAGCGCGACUGUCGCCAGAGCGCGCCUUCGCCGAUCCGAGGGGCGGCGACGACGACGACGCCAUUCCUUUCGGCGAGAUCGCGCUUCCCGGCGAACACGCGCUGGCGAGAGUUCUGGUGCAGAACUGGGUGGAUGAGAAAAUGAUGUACAGAAGACGAAGAUGCGACGAUCGACUCGUGACCACGGUCGUGGAGGGAUCGUUUUUCACCGAAUGCGAAUUAGCCAGCUUUGACGACGACAAGGGCGACGCGUUUGUCUUUGAGAACGAUAACGGGGAACUACAAGAUUUGGCUUUGCACUUUGUCAUGGUGGAAGUAUUGCUUGCGCAAGAAGGUCAGGCACCCGUCGUCUUUCGCGCGGCACCGGGCGACGUAUCCGCAAUUCGCGAAGACGUCGUCGCAGAAGUCGAACGCGUGGGCCAAGGCGCUCGAGCCAUCGCCUUCGUGCGCGCGACGGGUCGAAUUAAGUGCAAGCGUCGGUCGGAUGGCGUGCAGUCCAUACGCAUCACAAUGCUUAGCGAAGCGAGCGAUGAUGGGUUCGACGCGCGUCGAUGCGUCGUCGCCAUGCUUCAGAAAGCUUGUCCUUUCCACCUGUACGAGUUUGACCAGCCGUAG